CCGUGAGAGCGCGCGUUGCUAGCUGCUCAAGAGAUUCUUUGGGUUUUUGCUUCUUUCGGCACUUCCAACCUCAUUCCUCAGUAUGAAGGCGCUGAGCCCGGUUCGCGGCUGCUACGAGGCGGUGUGCUGCCUGUCGGAACGCAGCCUGGCCAUCGCGCGGGGCCGCGGCAAGAGCCCGGCAGCUGAGGAGCCGCUGAGCCUGCUUGACGACAUGAACCACUGCUACUCGCGUCUGCGGGAACUGGUACCCGGAGUCCCGCGAGGCACUCAGCUUAGCCAGGUGGAAAUCCUGCAGCGCGUCAUCGACUACAUCCUCGACCUGCAGGUGGUUCUGGCCGAGCCCGCUCCUGGACCCCCAGACGGCCCGCAUCUUCCCAUCCAGACAGCCGAGCUUGCUCCGGAACUUGUGAUCUCCAACGACCAAAGGAGCUUCUGCCACUGACCUGGACGUCCUGGUGCCGCCAGAACGCAGGUGUUGGCGCCCGUUCCGCCUGGGACCCGGGACCCUCUACGGCCGGAAGCCCGAGGGCAUGGAUGGGCCCCAACCUCGCCCUGCCCACUUGACUUCCCCAAACCCCUGCCUCGAGGCUGGACCUGCGCCCGGGAGCGAAGGACUGUGAACUUGGGUGGCCUAAAGAGCCAGAGCUAGCUCUGGGCACCAGCUGGGCAACCUCCCCCAGCCCUCACCCCACCCCCAAGUUUAAAGACUGUCUUUCAGUGUGUGGAGGUGUAUGGGGGGCGGGGCUGGCUGCUCUCCAAACUCUGGCAAGGCAGCGGUAGAGCUGGUCUUCUGGUCUCCUUGGAGAAAGGCUCUGUUGCCCUGAUUAUGAACUCUAUAAUAGAGUAUUUAGCUUUUGUACCUUUUUUGCAGGAAGGUGACUUUCUGUAACCAUGCGAUGUAUAUUAAACUUUUUAUAAAAGUUAACAUUUUGCAUAAUAAACGGUUUUUAAACACUUA